AUGAAAGAAAUGAAUUAUUCAGCUCCGUAUCCUGCAAAUGCUACAAUGCAACCACCACCACCACCAUCAUCAUCACAACCACCAUUGUAUUAUCCACCCCAAGUUCAAUAUGUUUCACCAGCUGCAACACAAAAUAUUCGUGAUUGGUUACCGUGGUCGAUUAUCAAUAUUUUCAUCGGAUGGGGUUUAGCUGGGGUUUUACCGUUGGUAUUUUCGAUUCUCUGUCGAAGCCACAAACGAUCCAAUGAUUUUCAUUCAGCACAAACAAUGAGUAAACUAGCAUUGGUAUUCAAUAUUCUGAUUACCAUCGGAGGAGUUCUCGCUUGGAUUGGUUUCAUUGUAUGGCUUGUCUUAUAUAUUAAAGUAAUUAACGAUAUCGUUGGCACAUGA